AUGCCGGACAUCUGUCGGGCAGAGAAGGACACUCGCUCCUCCCCAGCAUCAAUCAUGCCCACCUGUGCAAAGUGCCAAAGGUGGACCAGCGCCGCCCUAACCUUCUCCUGGUGUUCUAAAUGCCUAAAAGGCACAGGAAGCCACGACAAAUCUGAAGCUUCUUCACACAAUCCCCCAUCAUUCGUGAACAGUUUUGAUAGCCAACCUACCUCCCAUAGUCGUCCAAAGAAAAAGCCUACCUCUAGCCGUAUUCGUCCUCUUUCAGACUCCACAAGCUCCUCCAGUCAACCACCAGUUGGAUCUAAAGAAUACUUCCGAAGUGCAAUCACUGCUAAGAGAAAAAAACCCUCAGCCGCUCCUUACCCCAAAAAGAAACCAACCACGGCCGCCCUCAAGGAGACAAAAUUUGCACCAUCCCCCAACAUUCGACUCAUUGACUGCGGAUUGGUCCUGUACAAAGGAAAAAAGCCUGCAAACAAUCCGUUACUAUUCAAUAUCAAACAAACGGUUGAUGUCAACAACCCCAACCUGUUUGAAGAAUUACGGGCUCAACUCUUGAGUAGAUUCACUCCAGAGAUUCUCCAGAAACUCUCGCUAGAUAGACUACCGCGUCAUGCUGAACAAAAUGCUAGUCUUCUUCACGGAAAAAGUCGCCUGCUUGAUUUAAAUUCUCUAGUUUUUGUAGUCCACAAAUCAACCGAUAGAAAGCCUAUUCAAGUUGAUUUGGCGUACCAACAUCCAUGUGAAGAUAGUGAUUCCAAUAAAAAUCAAGAUGAAUAUUCCGAUAGUAGUGAAUACCUUCCAAGCAAGGCCCCCUCCUGCCGAAGAAAAGCCCAGAAGAUAUCAUCUGAUUCUGAUUCACCUAGCUCUGAUGCAGAAUUACCAUCAAUUGAGGUCCUGUCCACAAGACCUCACACCCAAAAGACAUUCUCAAAUUACAAAUCACACCCUUCAGACUCAAAUCGUACCAACAAGUCUCAUCCAGCAAGACCAAGCAAAGCGGUCAAGAAAUCUGAUUCAUGGGCUGCCAAUGGUGUUGCUUGGGUCCUGCAAGUCUAUCUACCCAAAUCGGUUACCUUGGCCGGUCUGUACCCUCAACGAUUUCAGUCAAUACUGCAGGCUGGAUCAACGCACACCGCUUAA